AUGACUAACAGAAAACAUGUAGCCGCCAAGUUCCCAUCCAUGACAACAUCAAUACCUAGAGGUAGGUACAACCUCUCCCGCCCCCACCCUCGCACCCCAUUUCACCCAUUCCGCCAGUUAUUCCAAGCAGUCAUUUCGAGCGGCGACGCCCAAGAAAGAUCAACCUAUAUUCCAAUGUCGGGAAACCCCGCGAUGACCAGUGCAGCUGGGCCCGAGCCAGAACAGCAAACUGCUGCAGAUAAUCCUACCACACCUGAGAUACGGCCGCCUCCCUUGGAGCAGCUCGAGGUCCAAGAGGCGUCUUUACCUGAUGGUGAAUCAGACUAUCUGUCCGGUUUCAAGCUGUGGAUAACCAUAUUCUCGCUCAGCACCGUUUCUUUCCUGUUCGGUCUUGAUUUGACUAUUGUGGCAGCAGUAGUGCCAAGCUUGACCAACUACUUCAAAACCGUGCAGGAUAUUGGCUGGUAUUCGUCGGCUUACUCAGUCAUGACGGCGAGCUUCACCUUUUUUUUCGGCAAGCUCUACAGCCUGGCGCCGCCGAAGCGCCUUUAUAUUACUAGCAUCUGUAUUUUCGAGCUGGGAUCGCUGCUGUCUACGGUCGCCACGACCUCGCCGGUGUUUAUUCUAGGCCGAGCCGUGGCCGGAGUCGGGGCAGCGGGCAUUAUUUCUGGUACCAUCGUGAUCUUGACGCGGUGCCUUCCCACCCAUCGGCGACCAUUCUGGACCACAGUGAUAAGCUCAGUGCAGAUGGCGGGAAUUGUGUCCGCGCCGCUCGUCGGUGGCGGACUGAUCGACUGGAUAGGCUGGCGAGCGUGCUUUGGGAUCAACCUCCCCCUUGGAGUCGCGGCGGUGGGGUUGUUGACUUUUGGGUUGCAGGAUAUGGAGCUUCUCCAGGAUGACGAGCAGCUCUCGUGGAAAGCCAAAGUGAAACAGUUCGAUUGGAUCGGCACCAUAUUCAUGGCUCCCUCUGUUACUUGCCUAUUGCUAGCCCUGCAAUGGGGCGGUAUUAAGUACGGUUGGUCGGACGCACGUAUCAUCGUUCUGCUCGUCUUGUUUGUUGCACUUUUGACCAUCUUCGGAUGGCGCCAGCAUCAAUUGCAAGAAAACGCAACUCUGCCGCCACGAAUCCUAAAAAUGAAGACUGUUCUGGCUGCGGCAUGGUUCGGCUCGUGUGUUAACUCAGCCUUAGCGGUAACAGAGUACUAUAUGUCCAUCUACUUUCAAAUCAUCAAGGGUUAUACAGCCAGCCGAGCCGGGAUCAUGCUCACCCCCAUGCUCGUGGGUAUUACAAUCGGAAACCUCUGCGGAGGAGCGGGUAUCAUCUGGCUGGGAUACUACACCCGUAAGUAUCAUGUUCUCUGGAUAGAAGUCUUCUUUUCUCUCAAUUUCGUGCCCAUUGAUACUGAUACAACUUGA